AUGCUCUCAAAAUUGAUAAUUAGGAUGAGUAUUACAAAUACUAUGGCAUUAAGCGAAGAAAUUCUUAAUUUCUGAUUCAGGGGCUUUACGAGUGAAACUGAUUACAUCAAAGAAACUGGAAGUUUUUGGUGGAGAACACCUCCAGAAGUUGCAGAGCAAAUGAGAAAUCUUGUUGGCAAUGAGCUGGAAAAUGCUUUAGAAGGGCGUCAUGAUGAUUGGACAGAAACUCCAAGAGGAACUCUUGCCUUAAUUCUUUUGCUUGACCAAUGAACCCGAAGCAUAUUUAAAGGCACACCAGCUGCAUUUGCAGGUGAUCUUAAAGCUCAAGCUAUUACUUUAGAUGCUAUCAAUAAGGGCUUCGAUAAGCAGCUAUGGCCAAUCCAGAGAUCGUUUUUGUAUAUGCCAUUAGAGCAUUCGGAGCUUCUGGAACAUCACGAUUUAAUGCUUACUCCCAUUUUUGAUUGAGUAAACUAUUGAAAAUUUUCUAAAACUUUGGAAAACCAAUCCCUUCCAAAGGAUUUUCAUAUAAAAAUUUUCAAGUAACUAAAAAUAUUAUCCAAAAUUUCUCGACCCUAUAAAUCUCUGGGUACUGGGCUAUGCUUAGUAAUAUGAUGGCGAUCAGUUCGAUCAAGGAUGAGGAGGAGUUAGACUCAUGAAUGGAUUAGUUGAAGAGGCAAGAGGAGAUGUUAAGCCAAUAAUGGAAGGGUUUACAAGAUUUGAAAUUAUGCAUAGAGAUCUUAUUGUGAGAUAUGGAAGAUACCCUCAUAGAAAUCCAAUUUUAGGGCGCCAAUCAACUCCAGAUGAAGAAGAGUACCUAAAAAUAAACCCUAAUCCGUUUUAA